AUGGAGUUGAAUGAUGUUGCGAGUAUUACGGAAGGCAAAAUGAAUGAUCCAGGCCCAUCUCCAGAAACCGAAAUCGACAAUCCAUACAGGUAUAUUUUUGCGACAGAGGAACCAGUAUUCCAUCGAUUUCCCAAGCUUCCUCAAGAGGUUCGUGAUAUGAUUUGGGAUUGGGCUGUCGACCAUGACUCAACCCCUGACGUUGUGCUUUCUUCGCCCACUUUUCCCAACACCCCUUUCCUCUUUCAAGUAUGCCGAGAAUCGCUAGCAGCUUGUUUGAGAAGAUAUACCAUUUUCAGACAUCCAGAUGCAUAUAGCACGGGCGAAAGGGCGCUCGACUUCUUCGCUUGGAUCGACUAUGAACGUGACGUACUCGAAUUAAAUGACUGCUUUGACCGGCAGGCAAUGAAUCGAGUACAUGAGGAGGAUCGUCUCACGUAUGUUUCGCGACUCCACAAAGACUUACUACUUCCAGUCAAAAAUCUUGGAAUCGACGCAUACGACUUGCUGGGACUGAUAAAUCCCUCUAUCAAUGUAUGGCAAAGGUUCGCUGAGAUCUGCCCCAAAAUCACGCACCUAAAGAUAAUCUUCCGUGAUUGUGAUUGGGGAUCCAGUGAGCCAAAAAUACCUCAUAAGCGCUGCCUACAGCGCUUGGAUAUGAACAAUGUACGUCCAGGCACUACCAUUGACCGAAUAUUGCACGACAUGGAACAAUUCAUCGCUCUUCGUGGGUCAUUAAGUUAUGAGGUCGAACUCGCUGAACUUGCCCCCAGCUCGGAAUUAGAAGAAAAGGUUAUAAAGCGUCAGAAACAAGCAGAAAAUGAGGAAGCCUUUGAUGAAUUGAUGUAUGGUCCGGUUAAAUGGUUUAAAUACGCCCAAGAGCAGAAAAAUGAGGCGGCUUUUGAACAGCGGAGAUGGGCGACUUGGGGGCAGAUGUGGUGGGAAAAAAUUGAAACAACGGGAUGCAGAUGA